AGUCCAGGAACACCGCGUGGCACUUUGGAAGCUCGGGAGUAGUCAGGAUGGGCUCAAGGAGGAGGGCCUUGGCUCUCACAUUUCCAUCCGAGUGAGACCUCUAACCCGUUCAAGUGGCUCCCGAGUGUGCACAGGCUGCGCGCUUUCGCUGAUCCACACACUUUAAGCUAGCGCAGAAUCCUUAAAGGCAGUUGUAUCCAUGUUGUUUUUAGAUCGACUAACUGGGCGGCCCGAGCCCAAAGCGUGCCUCCCCACUGUCUCAGCAUCCUUCCAGAAGUAGAAGGAAAAAAGGGAGAAGCCCUAACACGCUCAACUUUUUCUCCGGCCGCGAAGAAGAGGCGUCGACAUGGAUGAAAAGGAGAUGUUUUCGUGUUCAAACGAAGCCGAGGAGAGGUUGUAAAGAUGAUAACUUAGCCGCUAGCUUGAGCAGUUGUUAGCGUGCGAGGAAAAGUUGGCGAAGAAGUCAAAAGUUGUUGGCCAUGGCGAGCGGAGUGGCUUCCAAAGUCAAGAGGCCGAGGAAGAAGAAAAGUAAAGAGUACAAAACCAGAACCGUGCACGCCAACAUUCUCUACGAGCACGUCAAGGGGGAGGAGAACCCGAACCGACACUACGCCGAUAACAAGAUCAAGACCACCAAGUACACCCUGCUCUCCUUCCUGCCCAAGAACCUCUUCGAGCAGUUCCACCGCUUUGCCAAUGUCUACUUUGUCUUCAUUGCUCUGCUCAACUUUGUCCCGGUUGUCAACGCCUUCCAGCCCGAACUGGCCCUGGCCCCGGUCGUCUUCAUCCUGUCCGUCACUGCCAUCAAGGACCUGUGGGAGGACUACAGGAGACACAGGUCUGACAAGGAGAUCAAUCACAUGGACUGUCUGGUGUACAGCAGAGUGGAGUGCCGCUACGUGGAGAAGUUCUGGAAGGAGGUGCGGGUGGGCGACUUCAUCCGGCUGAGGUGCAACGAGAUCCUACCGGCCGACGUCCUGCUGCUGAGCUCCAGCGACCCCGACCGCCUGUGUCACAUCGAGACGGCCACGCUGGAUGGUGAGACCAACCUCAAGCAGAGGCAGGUGGUCCGCAGCUUCUUCGACUUGGAUUGUGAUUUCGACCCUUCCAAAUACAGCAGUGUCAUUGAGUGUGAGAAGCCCAACAACGACCUCAACCGAUUUCGAGGAUACAUAAUCCACCGGAGCGGUCGAAGGGACGCGCUUUACAAAGACAACCUGCUGCUGAGAGGCUGCACCGUCCGCAACACGGAGGAGGCGGUGGGCAUCGUCAUCUAUGCAGGCCAUGAGACCAAAGCCAUGCUGAACAACAACGGCCCUCGCUAUAAGCGCAGUAAGCUGGAGAGGCAGAUGAACGUGGACGUGUUUUGGUGUGUCAUCAUCUUGCUGGUCAUGUGCUCCUUUGCUGCUGUCGGUCAUGGGCUGUGGAUGUUUCAAUACGGAGAUAAGAGGCCCGUCUUUGAUGUCCUCAGUCCAGAGGGGACAGACUUAUCGCCAGUCUUGUCGGCCAUAUAUCUCUUCCUCACCAUGAUUAUCGUCUUCCAGGUGCUGAUACCAAUCUCGCUUUUCGUGUCCAUCGAGAUAGUGAAAAUCUGCCAGGUGUACUUCAUCCACCAGGACGUGGAUCUGUACGAAGAGGAGACCGACUCCCACCUGCAGUGCCGUGCUCUCAACAUCACAGAGGAUCUGGGACAGAUGCAGUACAUCUUUUCAGACAAGACGGGAACGCUGACAGAAAACAAAAUGGUGUUCCGACGCUGCAACGUGGCGGGAGUGGAGUACUCUCACGACGCCAAUGCUAGAAGACUGGCUAUGUACCAGGAGCUGGACUCCGAGGAGGACGAGUGCACGUCUCACGGCGGCACCCUGCCCAGACGAGACAGCGUGAGCAGCCACCAGAGCGUGCGGGCAGUUCUGCGCUCCCAGAGCACCAAAUCCCACCGCAGGACAGGCAGCAGGGCGGAGGCCAAGAGAGCCAGCAUCCUGUCCAAACACACGGCCUUCAGCAGCCCCAUGGAGAAAGAUAUCACGCCCGACCCGCAGCUGCUGGACAAAGUCAACGAAUGCGGCAGUCAGAUGGACUUCAUGCGCUUCCAUAGCCAGCCCAUGUCCCAGCUGCCCUCUGACCUCUCUGAUAUCAUCGACUUCUUUAUCGCGCUCACCAUCUGCAACACGGUGGUGGUGUCCUCCCCCGACCAGCCUCGCCACAAGGUCCGUAUGAGGUUCGAGCUCAAGUCCCCGGUCAAGACAAUUGAAGACUUCAUCAAGCGCUUCACGCCGAGCCGUCUGACCUCGGGCUCCAACAGCAGCAGCUCUUCAAGCCUCAACCGCUCGUCCAACAGGGGCUGUUCCAGCAUACUGUCCUCCCCCUCGGCUGAGAGCACCCUCACUAAGCUGGAGGAGGAGGCAGCGGCGGUGGCGGCAGUGACAGCAACAGCGGUGGCUCACGGGGGCCUGGAGAACGCCUUCAGCCCAGUGCCCCCCUCCUACGACGGGAAGCCUCAGGGCGCGGACCUCCGCUACGAAGCGGAGUCACCGGACGAAGCGGCGCUGGUCUACGCCGCCAGGGCCUACAAGUGCUCCCUGGUCGGACGCCUCCCGGACCAAGUCACCGUAGACCUGCCCCAUUUGGGGAAGCUGAACUUUGAGUUGCUGCACACUUUGGGCUUUGACUCCACCAGGAAGCGCAUGUCGGUAGUGGUGAAACACCCUCUGACCGACCAGAUAACCGUCUACACCAAAGGAGCCGACUCUGUCAUCAUGGACCUCAUCAAAACCCCCAACACAGGCAACUCCAAAGGAAAACGUCAAAAGAAGAUUAUCUGUCGGACCCAGAACUACCUGAACCUGUACGCUGCAGAUGGCCUUCGCACACUCUGCAUAGCAAAAAAGGUCUUGACCAAGGAGGAAUACGCCUGCUGGCUGCAGCGCCACCUGGAGGCCGAGACGGCCAUCCAGGGACGAGAGGAGCUGCUGUUUGAGUCGGCCUUGCGCCUGGAGACAAAUCUCCAUCUCCUGGGCGCGACAGGAAUUGAGGACCGUCUACAGGACGGCGUGCCCGAAACCAUCGCUGCCCUGCGGAAGGCCGGCCUGCAGAUAUGGGUGCUGACAGGCGACAAACAGGAAACAGCUGUCAAUAUUGCGUAUGCCUGCAAGCUGCUGGAGCCUGAGGAAGAGAUCCUGACCCUGAAUGCUGAUUCUAUGGAGGCGUGCUCCUUGCUGCUGGAGGAGAGCUUACACUACAUCCAGGCCAAACUCCUCUGCAGCUCCACCGACCGUGCCACCGAGACCUUCCACGGCAACAACUUUGCCCCCUUGCCGAUAUACCCGUCUCUUUCCUCAUCCUCCCACGCCACGCCCUUUAUCGUACACCGCCUGGGCCUGGUGAUCGACGGCCGCACUUUGGCCUACGCCCUGGACAAGAGCCUGGAGGACAAGUUCCUGGCGGUGGCGCGCAGCUGCCGCUCGGUGCUCUGCUGCCGCUCCACGCCACUGCAGAAGAGCAUGGUGGUGAAGCUGGUACGCAACAAGCUGAAAGUCAUGACGCUGGCCAUAGGUGACGGGGCCAAUGAUGUCAGUAUGAUCCAGGUGGCCGACGUGGGCGUGGGCAUUUCAGGACAGGAGGGCAUGCAGGCGGUCAUGGCAAGCGACUUUGCCCUCCCGCGUUUCCGCUAUCUUCAGAAGCUCCUGCUGGUACACGGACACUGGUGCUACUCCCGCCUGGCCAACAUGAUCCUCUACUUCUUCUACAAGAAUGCCAUGUUCGUAGCGCUCAUCUUCUGGUAUCAGUUCUACUGCGGCUUCUCAGGUUCAGCCAUGAUUGACCAGUGGUAUCUUAUCUUCUUCAACCUGAUGUUCUCCGCCUUCCCGCAACUCAUCACUGGCACUCUGGACAAAGAUGUGUCGGCAGAGACUCUCCAGCGACUACCUCAGCUUUAUGUCAGCGGACAGAACUCAGAGGAAUACAAGCCAUACAUGUUCUGGAUGAACAUGAUUGACGCCUUCUACCAAAGUCUCGUCUGCUUCUUCAUUCCUUACUUUGCCUACGCCGACUCUGACGUGGAUCUGUUUACGUGGGGGACCCCCAUCACCACGCUGGCAGUCUUCACAAUCCUUCUGCACUUGGGCAUCGAGACCAAAACCUGGACGUGGAUGAACUGGCUGUCCGUGUCCCUCAGCGUGGCGAUGUUCUUCACGGUGGCGCUGUGCUACAAUGCCUCCUGCCCUACCUGCUACGCCCCUUCCAACCCGUACUGGACCAUGCAGAGGCUGCUCCAGGACCCCACCUUCUACUUGCUCUGCCUCAUCACACCUGGAGCUGCACUGCUGCCCAGAUAUUUCUACCGGGCGUGUCAAGGCACGCUCUUUCCCAGCCCGGUCCAAGUCGGGCGCCAGCUGGACAAACUCCCCGCUGAAACCCGCAAGAACAUCCUGAGCCUGAGCGGGGUCAGAGCGGGGGCGCAGCAGGACCCAAAGCCAAAGUCUCCCAAGGGGAGCCACGAUAGAGACCAGGGGGGAAUCGCACAGAAAGAGGAGAAGGAGCAGAGGAGACCGGCGCAGGGUCUGUCUUCUCUCCACACAUUACCUCCCACGGAGACGGACACUUUUCUUUAUGCCAAAGGGGCGCCGCCCCCACCCGCCAAAGACCCCCGGCGCCUGGACGAGACGUUCGAGCGCCCCGAUGCCAGCCUGUCCGUUCGGAUCGCGCAGGCGGACGGCGGCUUACGCUGCGUCACAUAUACGAGGAGCGCCGAAGAAAGACUCAAAUGCGAGCCCCCCGUGUGACGUGCUGCCACGCCCCACCACCCUUCAUAUUUGCACAAUUUGUAUUUUUCAGAGAUUGUUUUAUAGAGGAUGCAAAUUGGUACUUUCUUUUAUGGAUGCCUCAAAGCUAACUUUAUUUUGGGAGUUUUUACAAACUGGAUUGUCUUCCCAGGAAAGCUUUCAUUUGUGAGUUUGACACAGUCGCAUCUCAGUGCUGGUCAGGUCUUAAAGAGGCACUGGUCACCUUCUGCUGCUGGAUUUGGUGCAACGGUGGCCUCGAUUGUGCAUUUUUGUUUUAAUUUUUUUUUUUACCGAAAUCAGCACACAGUAAGUACAAAGGAGUAUUAGGGCCACACCGAAAAGAGGAAAAAAUGAACAAAAAGGCAAAAUUACAACACAAACCUGAAUGCUUAUGGGCCUGCAAGCAAAGCACAGCGGCCCAUCCUAUUAUUAUGGGCCUGCAGACCCCCUUCAGCUCAUACCGUGCGAAGGACCCCAACAUAUUAUAUCACCGAACAGGUCUUGAUGACGCCAAGGAGCCAUGUUUAUAUUUAGUAACAUUCUAUGCAACCAACAAAGUUGAAAAGGGCCACUUGAUUAGGAACCCAGACUUCAGCCCAUACCAUUCAAACGACCCCGACACUGGAUAGGUCUUGAUGAAGGAAGUUUGUGUAACCAUUGUGAUGUCAUAGAUGAACAAACCCGCACUUCAGACAAUACAUGCUAAGUAAAUAUUCCUCGUAAUAUUUGACUUUUUGUAUAUUUCUUGAUUUUCAGUGUGGCUGUAAUAUUCCUUUUGUAGUUCAGUGCAGGUCUGAAUUUCUUUGCUGGACUUUCCUCUCUUUUUUCCUGCCUCUUCUAGCACAUUCCCUGAACAAUCCAAACAGAAUCGCGUAUCCGUGCUGCAGGAAUGAUGCUUAUCAUUGGACCUCAUUGUGUUUUAACAGUGUUAGCAUCACGGACAUUCAGUAUGCACGUGCAGCCAGGAGACUCCCAGCUUAGCUUAGCUUAGCAUCACAUCAUCAACGUUAUAUCCCCGAUUGCUAGCUGUUGCAUUGCCUGCUAAGGAAUAUUCUCGCACCUUAUAUCCUAACUAACUCUUCCUGGCGUCUCCUGGCGGCAGGUUCAUGUCGUCCAACGUAGAGUGAAAGAAUGACAAACAUUCCUCAGCAUAAGCUACCAGCACGCAAGUGUUUUACUUGAAGGUUUUUAUUGUUAUUGUUAUUAAAUUCUUCUUCUUUUAUCACAUUCAGCUGGAAAACCAAAAGCAGUGCGAUCCAAAGUCAAGCCAAAGAUGGAAGCUUUAAACCUUUGAAAGCACUUUGACGAUAAGCAGCUGCACACGUUUUAAGCAGACGAAUGAGAAAUAUUUUGUUUUGUGUGCUUUGUUUGUGUUGUCCAAGCAUGUGCCUUAACACUGGAUAAUAAAUGUUUCUCCUGGAGCUCAAGCUGUUCUUGACUUGGGAUGAAGGCCAUAUUUAUCAGGUAACACGUCAUGAUGUCCUCCUGUUCAUUUUUCUCUCUUUUUUUUUUUUUUUUCCUGCCAGGUUUUCUCUGCUCCGACGUGAAGAUGUUGCACGUUAUCUCCUGAGGAGGAGGACCUGCCGUCAGGUUUUUGACUUUUUGAUCAUGUUUGUACAAUUCCAGCCAGAGAAGAAAUUCUUUAAGGUCCCAUAAGUCCGUGAAAAUGCUUAGAUUUGAAUGAAACUUUUUAAAAAUAUUAUCAGAAAAAUACUAAAUAAAUAUAAUUUUUGUAAUUAAAUUUUUUGCAUUUAAAAAAAUGUUCUAUGAGUGAUAUGAUUGAAACUGGUUGAUGUUUUGAACACAGUUUGGAUUGGGUUUUUUUGUUUUUUUUACCAAUAAAGUAGACCUAACAGUUCAAUGUUAAAGCUACUUACCAUUGAGCGACGUCUUGAAGUAACCUCUUCUUGAGAAAUUUCGGACUGUCCAGUCUCUACUUGCAGAUCGGUUUUGGGUUCCAAAUUUUAUUUUCUCUUAACAUGUACAACAUCGGGUAAUAUGAAUGUAAAGGUGACUCUAGGGGUGUUAUUUCAUGACUAGAUGGUUCUAAUAAUGUUAAAAACCCUAAUUUAAAGGUUGUAAACACGUUUUCUAUACCUAAUGUCUUAUUUUCUCUUAUUAUACGUACAACAUAGGGUAAUAUGAAUGUAAAGUGACUAUAGGGGUGUUAUUUCAUGACUAGAUGGUUCUAAUAAUGUUAAAAACCCCUAUUUAGACGGUUGUAAACAUGUUUUCUAUACCUAAUAUGUCUUAUUUUCUCUUAUUAUAUGUACAACAUAGGGUAAUAUGAAUGUAAAGGUGACUCUAGGGGUGUUAUUUCAUGACUAGAUGGUUCUAAUAAUGUUAAAAACACUAUUAGAAGGUUGUAAACAGGUUGUUUUAUACCUAAUAUGUCUUAUAUUAUUUUAACAUAUGUACAACAUAGGGUAAUAUGAAUGUAAAGUGACUAU